UGCCUUGUUCAAUGCACUGAUGUGUAAGGAAUUUGUAAGUAUUUCAAUCAUUUGCGCCUUGCCUAUUUUGGAAUAUAAUUUACUUGCCUUGUGUUUACAGUACAUAUGUAUGGGUGCAGGUCAGAUCCACAGCCACACUUUUGGUCCUAGGUGUUACGUAAGGAGUUAAAUGCUCAUGUAGAUAUUGUAGAUAUGGGAUACUUGGUUGACCAAAGUGACCAAAGAUUUGGGUACGUCAUUUGAGUUUGUAUUAUACGGUGUGAUGACAGUGCCCAGAUGCAUUGGGCUAUAUAGCGCAAUGAAAUGUUUAUUAUAUGGGGUAUUGUAAACUAAAUAAAAAAAAUACAUGUUUGUUUUUCUGACAUUUGCUGAUGUGAUGGUUUGAUGUUAGAUUUUUUGGAUGCAGCUCGUUGGAAAAACAAAAACCUUUCUCCCAGACGUGAAGCAUCACAAAAUAUUAAGCGUAUGGCUAGAGGUUGUCUAAAAAGUGCAAGCUGUGAAAUGUCAACCUGUUGUAGAGCGCAACAGUGAACGCCGCGUUUUUUAACAGCUGGUCCCGGAAGUAAAUUUCAUAUAAAGUGGCGAAGUCACGCCUCUGAAAAAUAUGAAUGGGUUUCAAUGGAGAGAAAGUAAUUAUUUUCUGGUCCCAGUUUUCAUAUGCCCCGGAUUACACAUAUGUUUGGAUUUAAAUGAUAAUUUUUCAUGCAAAGAAAACUAAACAUUUUCAUGAAGAAGUUUGAUAGUGUUGGGUUUUUUUUCCAAGGGAAGGAUAAAAACAUCGAAAGAGGUGCAAACCAUUAUAAGUUUGGGCAUGUGGAGAGUUUCAAUUAUGCCGAUGGUGAGAUUUUCAGUCUUGUCCAAGCCAGUCGCAGGGAGCGUGACAGCACAUACGAGACGUGUAGUCCUUCUCAUUGUGUUUUCGCUACAUCCUUGGCUUUAACUGUACAAUUGCACAUUAAACGGUCUAACUCUUGACAUGAAAAAUUAGCAUUUAAAUCGACAAACAACAUAUGUGUAAUCCGAGGCAUAUAAAGACUGGGACCAGAAGAUAAUUACUUUCUCUCCGUUGAAACCCAUUCGAAUUUUUCGGUCCCGUGGGCUCUACCGGAAGGGGCGUGACUUCGCCACUGUAUUCCUUUUCUCCAUUGACAUUUUGUAAAGUCAUAAUAUAAAGAGUUUUAAGCCCGGACCAUGCCAAUUUUCGUCCAGGUAGUUGUAUCUAUAAAUCAUUUGUUCCAGAGCAAACAUUUCUUUGGGAAAAUGGAAUAAAAAGCAAAGGUACGAGACUGAAUACUGACUGGCUCUGAACCGCUAGGGGUCGUCGUCAGGCACGACGCGACUCUGAACCGCUAGGGAACGUCGUUAGGCACGACUCUAAAUCCCGGGCCCGAGUAGCUGGAGGUGAUGCUUCACGGCGUCGUCCCCUUAAGUGUACAUUAGAUCUCCAGCACCAUAAUGGCGAACUGCUCGUUCGGUGAAUAUGGCAGCAGAAUGGCUGAGCUUGAACACGGCCACAGUCGGCUCAGAAAAGAGACUGGAGAGAUGAGGCACUUGCUGGAGGUUGCAGAUGAGGAGGUGGCUGAACUACGCAUGGAGAAUGGAGCCCUGACAGGCAAAGUGGAAAUGCUGGAGAGUUCCCUCAGCGAUGCGGGGCACAUCCAAGUUGAGCUCCGCAAGGUCAAGGGCCUCCUCUGUGAGGAGCAGAGUAGCAACAGGAAAAGAACAAUCAACAAGGAGCAGGAGAUUCAAAAGUUGGAGGAGGAACGAAAGAUUCUGACGGAGCAGGCCAAGGGUCUAUCUGCCCAGCUGAAGGAGCUGCAGCAGCAGAGAGAGCAACGCGAGCUCAGCCAGAGUAACCUGGAGGCAGCGCUGCAAAGGCUUCAGAUUAAAAUGAAAGAUAUUCGCCAGGAGCUGAAACUGAAGGAUGAGGAUAUCCACCAGCAAAACUGGCAGUUGAUGCAGCUUGAGGAGAUGAGGGAGGAGUACACAAACAUUAUACGGGACCUGCGGCUCAGGAACAAGGACCUGGAGAGCCAGGUGGAGCUCCAGCAGGAGGAGGCCGCCCGCCUGGUGAAUCACCAAUUCCCCCGCAACCCCCUCUCCAUCGCGGACGAGGUGGAGCUGCAGGCCUACCUGGCGGUGGUGGAGAAUUGUAGGCGAGAAGAGAAAGAUGAUGGGAAAAACACUGCUGUCAAGCCUUUUCCAAAGAGCCAGGGUCGUUCAGGUGGCCAGAUGCUGCACGGCGUGCUGACCAAGGGCCUCCUGGCCCUCGGAGGUGUGUCUGUCCUGGCCCUCGGAGGUCUGUCUGUCCUGGCCGUGACGGCCCCCAUGCUGCUGGACAACUGGGGCUACAGCGCCGACCUUGUCUCCACCAACGACCUCUGGAAGACUGUGCAUGACUUGUUCUUGCGUAACUGUGACAAACAGUACAAGUGUUUGCCUCCAGUCUAGACUCCACCUAACUGGUAGGACUUGAAGCAGUUGUAGAAGAUUAAAUUGAAGUGUCUAACUGAGUGAAAUAUGUCUGGUGAGAGUUACCUUACAUCGUUCUUACCUGAAAUACCUCCUUCGUUCGACGUUAUUUUAUUGGAUUUUUUAUAGGCUGUUAUUGAACUGUUAUUAUUAUUACUAUUACUAUUACUUUUACUAUUUCUAUUACUGAACCAUAUAUCAAAUGGGCAAAAAAUUUGUAAACCAACCCAUAAUAAUAAAACAAGAGAGGGACAGAGAGCUCAAAUACAAACUUACAAAGGGCAUAGACUAAGUAUUAAAUCAUAGAAAUAUUCACAUCGCAUGAUUACUUGUAAUGUGAGAUAAAUAGAAAACAAAGUCUAAGUGCAUGGCGCUCUUUAAUUAGUAUUUUACGAAGGACAAAGUCUAGUACAAAAGUGUACAAAACGUUUUUCAUUAAACAUUUGGUUUACAUUGUG